AUGAUAAUAAAGAAUUGUCUUGAAAUUUUAAUCGAAAACUAAUUUCUAUUAAUUAAUCAGGUAUUUAUCGGUAAAAUUAUUCAGUUUAAUCCCAUUGAUAGUGAACAAUUUUCAAAGGGCACGUUUGAUUUGAUUGAAUUCUCAUAAUAAUCAACUAAAUGGGUUAAAAUUAUUCUAAAUGAUAAUAAUCUAUUUUUCUUCAACUAUUGAUUGUUAGUUAAUCUUUUUCUUUCUCUUCAAUUGAUCAAUUUAUCUAAUGAAGAGAUUGAAAAGAUCUAAACAAUUAGUACUCUGUGGUUUUCGAAGAAUCAUCAUCAUUGUACUUUAGGCUGAUUCUAUGAUUAAGCCUCGAGAGUGAAUAUAAAAAGGCCACAAAUCUCCGUUUAAAGAUCACUUUCAAGUUUCUCUUCGUUCAAACAAUUUGUCUAUUCUUUUGUGGAUCCAACUCUUGAUUAACUUGAUUCUUUCAUCAUGAAUACUCUUCAUCAAUUGUUCUUGGUCAUUUUCCUAAUCCAAACUGUCUCAGGAGCUUCUUCUUGGUUACCAUUUAGUGGAGAAAGUGAAGAGCCUGAAUUGGAAAUGAAAAAUGUUCCAUCACCUUAUCCUCAACCUCCACCAGUUUAUGAACCAGUGAAAACAAUUGUCGAGAAACCGAUGAUUAAAGUGACCAAGAAAGAAAAGAAAACUGAAUGGGAAGAAAAGUGUCGAAUUACUUUCAAGAAAUCGGACAUUCUAAUGUUGACCAUCUUACACGACCCAUUCACCAAACCGAUGGCCGUCACUCCGAUCAUCUUGGCUUCUGAAACAAUCGCGUUCACUUAUUAUACUCCGAAAGCGAAGCCUUUAUCAGCCACCAAGAAGCUUCUUAAGUCUUUCAAAUUCUCGAAAAUUCCACAUGACAUGGACGAAUUAGAUAUCGACCUUCAAUUGGACCCAGCGACUGCCGAGUUAAUCAAACCUUAUGCGAAUCCGAAUAACAUGUUCAUCUUAACCAUAAUAACCAAAGAAAAACACGAUCUCAAGAUUAAGUCACAUUUUGUUGAUUCCAUUCUCACAACAGCAAAGAAACACUAUUGAACAAGAAGAACAACAAAAACUAAAUCAAUUCCAAAUCCUACCCUAACCUAACAGAAAACAAUUAAAAAAUCUCAAAAAAAAAACUAUCAAAACCACAAUAAAGACAAUUUUUAUUCUC